AUGAACUCAAAUGCCUGGCUGCUCCUCGAGGCCAGCGGUCCACAGAGGAAGGUAAACAUGUCCGUGCAGUGCGCUCAGACGUCCAGGAUGCUGCAGGGCGGGGGGAGGCGGGUGAGGGCGGGGGGAGGCGGGUGGGGGGGGGGGGGGGGGGGGGGGGGGGGGGGGGGGGGGGGGGGGGGGGGGGGGGGGGGGGGGGGGGGGGGGGGGGGGGGGGGGGGGGGGGGGGGGGGGGGGGGGGGGGGGGGGGGGGGGGGGGGGGGGGGGGGGGGGGGGGGGGGGGGGGGGGGGGGGGGGGGGGGGGGGGGGGGGGGGGGGGGGGGGGGGGGGGGGGGGGGGGGGGGGGGGGGGGGGGGGGGGGGGGGGGGGGGGGGGGGGGGGGGGGGGGGGGGGGGGGGGGGGGGGGGGGGGGGGGGGGGGGGGGGGGGGGGGGGGGGGGGGGGGGGGGGGGGGGGGGGGGGGGGGGGGGGGGGGGGGGGGGGGGGGGGGGGGGGGGGGGGGGGGGGGGGGGGGGGGGGGGGGGGGGGGGGGGGGGGGGGGGGGGGGGGGGGGGGGGGGGGGGGGGGGGGGGGGGGGGGGGGGGGGGGGGGGGGGGGGGGGGGGGGGGGGGGGGGGGGGGGGGGGGGGGGGGGGGGGGGGGGGGGGGGGGGGGGGGGGGGGGGGGGGGGGGGGGGGGGGGGGGGGGGGGGGGGGGGGGGGGGGGGGGGGGGGGGGGGGGGGGGGGGGGGGGGGGGGGGGGGGGGGGGGGGGGGGGGGGGGGGGGGGGGGGGGGGGGGGGGGGGGGGGGGGGGGGGGGGGGGGGGGGGGGGGGGGGGGGGGGGGGGGGGGGGGGGGGGGGGGGGGGGGGGGGGGGGGGGGGGGGGGGGGGGGGGGGGGGGGGGGGGGGGGGGGGGGGGGGGGGGGGGGGGGGGGGGGGGGGGGGGGGGGGGGGGGGGGGGGGGGGGGGGGGGGGGGGGGGGGGGGGGGGGGGGGGGGGGGGGGGGGGGGGGGGGGGGGGGGGGGGGGGGGGGGGGGGGGGGGGGGGGGGGGGGGGGGGGGGGGGGGGGGGGGGGGGGGGGGGGGGGGGGGGGGGGGGGGGGGGGGGGGGGGGGGGGGGGGGGGGGGGGGGGGGGGGGGGGGGGGGGGGGGGGGGGGGGGGGGGGGGGGGGGGGGGGGGGGGGGGGGGGGGGGGGGGGGGGGGGGGGGGUGGGGGGGGGGGGGGGGGGGGGGGGGGGGGGGGGGGGGGGGGGGGGGGGGGGGGGGGGGGGGGGGGGGGGGGGGGGGGGGGGGGGGGGGGGGGGGGGGGGGGGGGGGGGGGGGGGGGGGGGGGGGGGGGGGGGGGGGGGGGGGGGGGGGGGGGGGGGGGGGGGGGGGGGGGGGGGGGGGGGGGGGGGGGGGGGGGGGGGGGGGGGGGGGGGGGGGGGGGGGGGGGGGGGGGGGGGGGGGGGGGGGGGGGGGGGGGGGGGGGGGGGGGGGGGGGGGGGGGGGGGGGGGGGGGGGGGGGGGGGGGGGGGGGGGGGGGGGGGGGGGGGGGGGGGGGGGGGGGGGGGGGGGGGGGGGGGGGGGGGGGGGGGGGGGGGGGGGGGGGGGGGGGGGGGGGGGGGGGGGGGGGGGGGGGGGGGGGGGGGGGGGGGGGGGGGGGGGGGGGGGGGGGGGGGGGGGGGGGGGGGGGGGGGGGGGGGGGGGGGGGGGGGGGGGGGGGGGGGGGGGGGGGGGGGGGGGGGGGGGGGGGGGGGGGGGGGGGGGGGGGGGGGGGGGGGGGGGGGGGGGGGGGGGGGGGGGGGGGGGGGGGGGGGGGGGGGGGGGGGGGGGGGGGGGGGGGGGGGGGGGGGGGGGGGGGGGGGGGGGGGGGGGGGUCUGCAGCCUCAAGGUCCAUUCCACUCUGCUGUGAGCGUCUCUACAGAAGUGACCAUGGAUCCAGGUCCUCACUACAGAAGGACACACGUGGGUCAGUGCAGCUCCUGCCUCCUCGGCCCAAACUGGGGCACAAAGAUGAGGACAUACGCUGAGCAGAAUCAGAGCAGGAUCAGAGCAGAAUCAGAGCAGGGACAGAGCAGAAUCAGAGCAGGGACAGAGCAGAAUCAGAGCAGGGACAGAGCAGGGACAGAGCAGGAUCAGAGCAGAAUCAGAGCAGGAUCAGAGCAGGAUCAGAGCAGGAUCAGAGCAGGAUCAGAGCAGGAUCAGAGCAGGAUCAGAGCAGAAUCAGAGCCGAAUCAGAGCAGGGACAGAGCAGGGACAGAGCAGGAUCAGAGCAGGAUCAGAGCAGGAUCAGAGCAGGAUCAGAGCAGGAUCAGAGCAGGAUCAGAGCAGAAUCAGAGCCGAAUCAGAGCAGGGACAGAGCAGGGACAGAGCAGGAUCAGAGCAGGAUCAGAGCAGGAUCAGAGCAGGAUCAGAGCAGGAUCAGAGCAGGGACAGAGCAGGGACAGAGCAGGGACAGAGCAGGGACAGAGCAGGGACAGAAAGCACCAGUGCAGUUAUCAUGUAUUUAGGACCAAGGCCCAUUCUCUUCACAACAAACAGAAGUUUGGCUAA